GGUUGCCUUUGCCAUAAGUUGUGCGGUCUCUGUACUCCCGGAUCCUCGCUCUUUAACAAGGUCUUGAGAAGAAGAUAAAUCUUAUGCUCAGCUUCUUUGGCAUGGGGUCAAAUAACAUAACGCUCCCGGAACAUAACUGCUUGCUGCCACACGCUCUACGCAUCCCUUCGUUGGAGAAACUUGUCGGGAAACGUGUUAUUCUUGCGUCGAACAGUCCUAGACGGAAAGGAAUAUUGCAAACAUUUGGUCUCGCUCCUGAGAUCGUGCCAUCCACCUUUGAUGAAACACUACCUGUCAGCUCGUUCGAGGACAUACACGAAUAUCCUGUGGCUACGGCUACUCAUAAGGCGGUGGAGGUGUAUGAGAAACUAGUACAAGAGCAUCCGGAUGAUGCGCCUGAUCUCGUUAUAGGAGCGGAUACUGUUGUCCUCACUCAUCCUAUGCCUGGCUUAUCCAGUGUGCUGGCAGAAGAUACACCGUUCGGACCGCAGGACUUGCUCGAGAAGCCCGUCUCGAAGGAAGACAACUUACGCAUGCUACUCGAUCUCAAUGGGGGCGUCUGUGAGGUAGUGACGGGUAUUUCUCUAGUCUAUCCCGUCUUGGAGGCUCCUGGAUAUAAUAUCAAGUCGAUAGAGGAGCGUACGCUCGUCCACUUCGCCGAGAAUUCUCGAGAACUUCUACAAUCGUAUGCUGAAAGCGGCGAGGGGCUUGAUCGUGCAGGCGGGUUUGCGAUCCAAGGUUUGGGUGGCAUGCUCGUUCGCAAAGUUGACGGGGACUAUCAUAAUGUCGUUGGGUUCCCGGCCGCAUCAUUUUUCAAGUUUUUGGAUCUGCUGCUUGAGGAGGAGCCAGAUUUUCUCGCAGUCUAGUAAUACUAAUUUGUCGGACAUGUACAGUAGCUUUCCAGAUUUUCUCUCUCGUUUUUGGACGGAAAAGCCAUAUAAGGCGCUAAAGUAUAAGAUUGAAUGUAUCAAGUGUC